CGGAGCGAGGUGGCCGCAGCGUCCCCGCGCGCGGCCGGGACCGGCAGGAGCGCGGAGCCGCUGCCGCCGCUUCUGCCGCCUCGGCCAUGCGGCUCCAAGGCCGAGGGCCUGGCCUGGGGCCUGCGCCUCCCCCAGCACGCCGCCCCCGCUGAGCCCACGCCCGGCCGGCCGGGGCGCCACCCGGCACCAUGGUGCAGAAGUCGCGCAACGGCGGCGUGUACCCCGGCCCUAGCGGGGAGAAAAAGCUCAAAGUGGGCUUCGUGGGGCUGGACCCCGGCGCGCCCGACUCCACGAGGGACGGCGCUCUGCUCAUCGCCGGCUCCGAGGCCCCCAAGCGCGGCAGCAUUCUUAGUAAGCCGCGCGCGGGCGGCGCAGGUGCCGGGAAGCCCCCCAAGCGCAACGCCUUCUACCGCAAGCUGCAGAAUUUCCUCUACAACGUGCUGGAGCGGCCCCGUGGCUGGGCAUUCAUCUACCACGCCUACGUGUUCUUGCUGGUCUUCUCCUGCCUGGUGCUGUCCGUCUUCUCCACCAUCAAGGAGUACGAGAAGAGCUCGGAGGGCGCCCUCUACAUCCUGGAAAUUGUGACCAUCGUGGUGUUUGGAGUGGAGUACUUCGUGCGCAUCUGGGCCGCGGGCUGCUGCUGCCGGUACCGCGGCUGGCGGGGGCGACUCAAGUUCGCCAGGAAGCCUUUCUGUGUGAUUGACAUCAUGGUGCUCAUCGCCUCCAUUGCCGUGCUGGCCGCGGGCUCGCAGGGCAACGUCUUCGCCACAUCUGCGCUCCGGAGCCUGCGCUUCCUGCAGAUCCUGCGCAUGAUCCGCAUGGACCGGAGGGGGGGCACCUGGAAACUGCUGGGCUCUGUGGUCUACGCCCACAGCAAGGAGCUGGUCACUGCCUGGUACAUUGGCUUUCUCUGCCUCAUCCUGGCCUCAUUCCUGGUGUACCUGGCAGAGAAGGGCGAGAAUGACCACUUCGACACCUACGCAGACGCACUCUGGUGGGGCCUGAUCACCCUGACCACCAUUGGCUACGGGGACAAGUACCCCCAGACCUGGAACGGGAGGCUCCUGGCAGCGACCUUCACCCUCAUCGGUGUCUCCUUCUUCGCCCUUCCUGCGGGCAUUCUGGGGUCUGGCUUUGCCCUGAAAGUGCAAGAACAGCAUCGGCAGAAGCACUUUGAGAAGAGGCGCAACCCGGCUGCGGGCCUGAUCCAGUCGGCUUGGAGGUUCUACGCCACCAACCUGUCCCGCACGGACCUGCACUCCACCUGGCAGUACUACGAGCGCACCGUCACCGUGCCCAUGUACAGCUCACAAACUCAAACCUACGGGGCCUCCAGACUCAUCCCACCUCUCAACCAGCUGGAGCUGCUGAGGAACCUCAAAAGCAAAUCGGGACUCACCUUCAGGAAGGAGCCCCAGCCUGAGCCCUCUCCAAGCCAGAAGGUCAGUUUGAAAGACCGUGUCUUCUCCAGCCCCCGAGGCGUGGCCGCCAAGGGGAAAGGGUCUCCCCAGGCCCAGACGGUCCGACGGUCACCCAGCGCUGACCAGAGCCUUGAGGACAGUCCAAGCAAGGUGCCCAAGAGCUGGAGCUUUGGCGAUCGCAGCAGGGCACGCCAGGCUUUCCGCAUCAGGGGCGCUGCGUCCCGGCAGAACUCGGAAGAAGCAAGUCUCCCUGGGGAGGACGCAGUGGAGGACAACAAGAGCUGUACCUGUGAGUUCGUGACCGAGGACUUGACCCCUGGCCUCAAAGUCAGCAUCCGAGCUGUGUGUGUCAUGCGAUUCCUGGUGUCCAAGCGGAAGUUCAAGGAGAGUCUGCGGCCCUACGAUGUGAUGGAUGUCAUCGAGCAGUACUCUGCUGGACACCUGGAUAUGCUGUCCCGCAUCAAAAGCCUGCAGUCCAGAGUGGACCAGAUCGUGGGGCGUGGCCCGGCGAUAACGGACAAGGACCGCACCAAGGGCCCUUCCGAGGCGGAGCUGCCAGAGGACCCCAGCAUGAUGGGACGCCUGGGCAAGGUGGAGAAGCAGGUCUUGUCCAUGGAGAAGAAGCUGGACUUCCUGGUGAGCAUCUACACGCAGCGCAUGGGCAUCCCGCCCACAGAGACCGAGGCCUAUUUCGGGGCGAAAGAGCCGGAGCCAGCGCCGCCAUACCACAGCCCCGAGGACAGCCGGGAGCACGUCGAGAAGCAGGGCUGCAUCGUCAAAGUCGUCCGCUCCAGCAGCUCCACUGGCCAGAGGAACUUCUGCGCGCCCCCCGCCCCAUGCCCGCCGUCCACCUCGUGGCAGCAGCAGAGCCACCAGCGCCAUGGCACCUCCCCCGUGGGGGACCACAGCUCGCUGGUGCGCAUCCCGCCGCCGCCUGCCCACGAGCGGUCGCUGUCCGCCUACAGCGGGGGCAACCGGGCCAGCACCGAGUUCCUGAGGCUGGAGGACGCUGCGGUCUGCAGGCCCCACGAGGCCGCCCUGCGGGACAGCGACACGUCCAUCUCCAUCCCGUCCGUGGACCACGAGGAGCUGGAACGUUCUUUCAGUGGCUUCAGCAUCUCCCAGUCCAGGGAGAACCUGGAUGCCCUCAGUGGCGGUUACGCGGCUGCGGCGCCCUGCGCCAAGGUCAGGCCCUACAUUGCAGAGGGCGAGUCCGACACAGACUCGGACCUCUGCACGCCCUGCGGACCCCCGCCGCGCUCUGCCACGGGGGAGGGCCCCUUUGGCGAGGUGGGCUGGGCCGGGCCCAGGAAGUGAGGCCGCAGGACCCACCCACGCCACUCGGCCUGUCCCUUUUGGGGGCGUGAGCUCUGCGGGGUCUCUUCUGGAGUGACGUGUGCUGUGGGGCACCUGUGGGGCUGUCAGGCCCACUUACCCGUGCAGGCAGCAGGGCUCCUUGGCUGGUGCAGUGACAUUUUGCAAAAGUUCUUUUCCAACCAGGGGCUGAAGG